GAAUUAAACAGGUCGGUGCUCUUUACCUCUACUAUUUUCAUUUUUCGAUGUUGAUGAACACGAUGUUUUUUCAUCAUUCAUUUUGACAUUUUGUUUUUAAAAAAUUGUUUAAAUAAAGAAUCUCGAUGAAUGUCUCAUGAUUUGAGAACUUGUAGAGAAUCUUUAAAAUGUCUUCAGUGGAUGGUGUAUCGGUCAUAUCGGAAGGACCGACAAUGCGUAAAUAUCGUUAUCGUACAUCUUUUCUAUUGAUUGCCGCUUCGUAUACGGGAUUAUUCGGUUUGAUCACAAUAAUAAUCGCCUUUUCAAGCCCUUAUUGGCUUUCAGCACAUAAAUAUACCUAUAGCUCAUUUGUACGGCUAGGAUUAUGGACAUUCUGUUUUGAUCAUUAUAAACAUCCACCAUAUCAAUAUGAUGAAACCUUCACCGGUUGUCGAUGGAUUUAUGAUCCAAAAUAUCAUAAUAUUCGUGAUUGGCUUCAACCAGGAUGGUUCAUAUUUGUACAAGUGAUGAUUACAUUUUCAAUGAUAUUCUCCACCGCUGCCUUAAUGAUUAUUAGUAUACCUAUUAUGCACUUUUUAAUCCGUUAUAAUGUUGUUAUGAUUGGCCUUGGUUCUUUAUUCAAAUGUCUAUCCGCAAUAUUUGGAUUCAUAGGCUGGUUGGUGUUUGCAGUAAAACAUGAUGUACGAUCAUGGCUUAUGAAUCCCCGAUUCAAUCAUCUUGAUUGGUCAUUCUAUUUGGCCAUAUUAUCAACAUUAUUAAAUGCAUCAGCUGCCAUCAUGUUAGCAAUUGAAAUGAGAAGAGCACGACAAAAACGUCAACGUUUUACUAAUCUUGUGUAUAACAUGCAUCAUUCAAGAUCAAUCGGAAGCGGUGCAACUAAUGGAUUUGAAACAAUACCAUUGAAAACACCACCACAGCCACCGAUAUCAACAACGGGACAAAGUCCACAUUAUCCACAUAGUCGACAACAGCAUCAUCAUCAUCAUCAUCAACAACAACAACAUCAACAAUCUCAUCAUCAACAACAACAAGGAGCAAGAUCACCAAUCGAUUCUAUACAUUCAUCACCAUAUGCAUCGAUAUCAAGAUUUUCACAACAACCGCAACAACAACCAAUGACACCUCAAUCGCAAACAAGUUCAAGACAAUUUACAGCAGUUUAGUUGAAAAUUAUAAACAUAAUCAUCAUUAUUAUUAUUAAAAUUCAUUACACUUGCAAAUUAAAAAAGAAAAGAAAAGCAACUUACCCGGAAUUUUAGACAAUCGACAUUGUUGACAAACAUAAUUCAUUGUUUCAGUGGGUAGAUUUGCAUCAGUUAUUACGAUAGGUGCUUGUUUCAAUUCUGUUUCAAAUCGAAAUAC